AUGGACAACUCAACAUACGGUCUUGCCAAAUUUUUGGUUCCUCGCAUCCCGUCGUUCACGAAGACGGCCGUUGCUCACUCCUUAUCGCUAUCUCCAACAUCUUCAAAAUGGGACCUUAGGACUGAAAUGACUGUUGCAUUCUUACGCUCCCUCAUGAAUGGCGGCCCUUCGCCAGUUGGAAAGACGCAAGCUCAGACACUGCAGGAUCCCGGUGUCAAGGGUAAGGUCUGGACAGCCAAAGUCACUAUCCCGGCUCCCGAGGACGAAAGCAUCAGAGAUGCAACCUUUACCGCUAUCGCAGACCUUGGAGACGGCAAUGAGACGUACACAAAGCCAGGACUUUCCGCAAUCGACGCUGAGUGGACAGGCUUCCGACCUGGUGCUGGUGCUGAAGAGCCUUUACCGAACAUUUCAGAGCAGGAGAAGUACAAGAAUCUAAUGAAUGAGUCGAUCAAAACAAGCAAGACGACAAUUCUUUAUCUUCAUGGCGGAGCCUACUACAUGUGCGGAUUUGGCACUCACAGACUGCAAGUCUCGAAACUUGCAAAGGCUUGCAACGGAAGAGCAUUCAAUGUUGCCUACCGCCUUGCGCCGCAGGCUGCUUUCCCUUCACAACUACUGGAUGCACUAAAUGCAUAUCUUUAUUUGUUGUAUCCACCUCCAGGAUCUUUGCAUGAACCGGUCUCAGCUAGCGACAUUGUUUUUGCUGGCGACUCGGCAGGUGGCAACUUGGUUUUUGCGCUCCUUCAACUCUUGUUGCAACUUCACCGUACCAAGCCAGAAAGUGCAAAGAACCCCACUGUCAGAUACCAUGGAAAGACUGUUGAGGUCCCCCUUCCUGCUGGCGCAUCAGCCAACUCUGGUUGGUUUGACAUCACCAGAUCGAUGCCUUCGCUAGUGCAUAAUGCAAAGUACGACUACCUUCCGCCAGCAGACCAUGAUGAUGCCUUGGGACGGUUCCCAAAGGACGACGUCUGGCCCACCACACCGCCUAGAGGUGACUUGUUCUGCGACCUGAGUAUGAUGUGUCACCCUCUCGUGUCACCACUUGCAGCCAAAGACUGGAGCAAUGCACCACCACUUUGGAUCGAAACAGGAGAAGAACUUCUCACGGAUGAAGAUUUGGUGGUCGCCGUUAGAGCAGCCACUCAAGGCGUAAAGGUGCAUUUUGAGCAGUACGAGGCAAUGCCUCACUGUUUUGCUAUGCUCUUACCUACACUCGCUACCAGCAAGCGUUGUAUCGAGUCAUGGGGCACCUUCUGCCGGAAAUGUGCUGAAGGCACUGUGGAGACAAGUGGUACUUGGAUCGCAGCAAAGACGGGACUCGAGAAAGAGGUGGAUGUGACAAAGGUCACCGAAUUGACUGUCGAUGAUGCUAUCAAGAGGAUGAGAGAUGCCCAAAGAAGACGGUACGCUGGCUACGAGAAAGAGGGCAAAUCAAUGCCCAACCCGAGCUUGUAA